CGGGGGGCACAAAACCACGGUGCACGCUGGCGUUUACUUGCAUGGCAGCUGUGACAAGUCGCAGACGAUACGCUCAAAAAGUGUGAGAGGUGGCUUCUCAUGGAGACUCUGGAGGAGACGUUUAAGACGCUGGCCAUCGCCCGCCGACUGCAGCCCAGUGAGCCCACCUACAUCCUGGAUGUGGCUCUGCAGCCCUCCCCCUCCGGCUCCAGCGCCGCCCUGGUGGCUGUCAGCUGCUCCAACCGCACGGUGCGCCUCCACCACCGCGAGACGCUGGGCGUGCACGGGGAGUUCAAAGGUCACACGGGGCGGCUGUGCGGGGUGCGCUUUGCGCACGGCUCCCCUGACCUGCUCUAUUCGGGUUCGGCCGACGGGACGCUGCGGUGCUGGGACGCGCGCCGCCCCGGCUCCGAUGCCACGCGGGUGUUCCGCAGCGAGGUGGGCCACGCGUUCUGCUCGUUCGACCUGAGCAGCAACGACACGGUGGUGUGUGCGGGGACGGAACAGGUGGGCGAGGAUUCCUUCCUGGUGUUCUGGGACGCGCGCAUGGCCUCGGGCAAACCAGAGGGAAAGCAGCCGGGGCUGCUGGGGGUGUACUCGGAGUCGCACAGUGAUGACAUCACGGCAGUGCGCUUCCACCCACGUGUGGCGGACCGGCUGGCCUCGGGAGGGAUGGACGGCCUGGUGAACGUGUUCGACCUGAGCCAGGGGGGAGAGGACGACGCGCUCAUCACCACCCGCAACUGCGACUCCUCUGCUGGCACCAUCUGCUGGGCAGGUGUCGACGGCGAGCAGCUGCUGUGUCUGACGCACGAUGAGGGUCUCUACCUGUGGGACGUGCGGCAGCUGGACUCAGACGACCCGCUGACCCUGCUGAGCGCCAGCGACGCCCGCUCGCUCGUCACACUGCCCGAUGGCCACGCCCUGGAACACUUUGUGGGUGGGGCGUGGCUGGAGUGGGCGGGGCAGCUGCAGGUUGUGGGAGGGGCCAGUAAAGGAGAGCUCCACUUGCUGGAGUGCAGCGGGCAGGGCUUGCGGGCGGUUCGCUCGCUAACGGACGGCCACUCAGCCACUGUGCGCUGCUUUCUGUGGGAGCCUGCAGGGGGCGCCCUGCUGACGGGUGGGGAGGACGGCCAGCUGCUGCAGUGGAGGGCGGGCGCCACCGAACUACAGGGGGCCCAAAGGGACACACUGAAGAGCACCUCCGCCAUGCAGCUCAAGACCAAAGCUCACCGCAAGCACCCCAGCAAGAGGAACAACACCUGAGACACCACCUGAGGGGAAGGUGCCCAGGGGGCCUCGCGUCUGAUGGGGGGGGGGGGGGGGGGUUAGCUCACAUGGUCAACUAGAUGCCAAACUGCCCUGCUGAUCCAGGACUUCAGACUGCCUUAAGAUCCACUAGGUCCUUUUUCUGUGUUUUAAUAGUCCAGGACUGGUGUUCUUCUGUUUUUAAUUCCUCAGAAAGGCAUUUUAAAGCUUCGCAGGCUGGAGAGGACAGCUCUCAGAAGAGGAGCUCUCUGGUCACAAACCAGCUGUAGGCUUCACCUCUGGGCCUCACACUCGCAUGUCUAGCAAGUGUGUGUUUCAUGAGGGCAAGUGUGUGUGUUUUACUGUGAACAUAUUGACACACCAAACGAGAACUAUGGAGAUGUCUUUGUUCUGGCUGGGAAUGUGUUGUUGUCUAAAACAGAUCAAAGGAUCAAACUCAUGAACCGCAAGUGAAGUCACAGUAAUAAAAUUCCUUUACAUACAA